UCACAGCGAGGAUGUGUCCGCCAUUUACUGUUACAUUUUUGGAUUGUAGUUGAUUUUAAAUGUUUUUUGAAGUUGCAAGUAACUUCCUAAUUCAUGAGUCUGAAUCCUCGAUGAUCUGCUGCACCGAUGGGUCGCUGUAUUUUCAUUGCUGUGUGGAUUAUUCAUGUGAUUGGUUUGUUUGGUGUUGAUGAAAUGAAGACGUCUGUGUCAGUGAUGGAGGGAGAUUCUCCGACUUUACGCACUGCUGUUACUGGAUUACAGAAUGACAAAUCCAAUUUUAUUAAAUGGUAUUUUAAUGGCAUCCGUGUAGCUCAAAUCAAUGGAGAUCUCAGUAUGUUCUGUACUGAUGUGAAGUGUCCAGGUGGUUAUAAUGAGAGAUUCAGAGACAGACUGAAGAUGAACAAUCAGACUGGAUCUCUCACCAUCAUGAACAUCAGAAUUACAGACUCUGGAUAUUAUCUACUACAUACCUUAAUCAACAAAACCGAAGAAGAAAAGACAUUCACUGUCAGUGUCCAAACUGGAGUGUCUGCUGCUGAAAUGAAGAUAAAGUCGAUGAUUGAAGGAGAUUCUGUCACUCUACACACUGACGAUUCUGUAAAACAGGGAGAUGUUGUGAUGACGUGGUAUUUCAAUGACACUCGUAUAGCUGAAAUGAAGGAAGAUCCCAGUAAGAGCUGUACAGAUGUGACGUGUGAUGAAGGUGCUGAGAGAUUCAGAGACAGACUGAAGAUUGACCAUCAGACUGGAGAUCUCACUAUCACAAACACCAGAACUACAGACUCUGGACUAUAUCAACUAGAGAUCAGCAGCAGUAUCAGCAGCAGCUUCAGUGUAAAGAGCUUCAGUGUUAAUGUCAGCGUAUCAGACAUAAAAACUCCAGAUUCAGGUCUGUCUUCUGCUGCUGUAGCAGGAAUAUGUGUUGCUGUUGUUGUUCUGGUUGUCGCUGUAACUGCUGAUGUGAUUUAUUAUCGCUGUAAGAGCUCAAGACUAAGAGGACAAAAUGAUGUGGAGAUGCAGAACAAUGUUCAGGAUGUCAAAGAGCAGCAGAUUAAUUUGAUGAAUGGUGCAGGACAGGAAAAGAGAGACGAUGCCACUGAAUGACUCGACAAUGUGUAGUAUAAAAUAUGAUAUAAAACCUGCAGUCAAAUCAAGAACAUAAAUUAUAAAUAUUGCCUUUAAUCUAGUGUUUCUUCUGGAACUGAUUUUCUCUGUAAAAUGUUUUUAAAUCACUGUAGUUUGAUUUAUUCAUGUGGGUCAUGCAGAGACUUCUGGAAACACCAGAUAUGUAUAUAUGUUUACUGUAUAUAACAGAUGUUUAUUUGUACAUGCUUGUAUGUUUGUAUGUAUGUAUAUAAGUCUUAUUGUGUGUUUUAUAUAUAGUUAUAUUCUCUUAUUCACUUUAUUUUAUUCUAUGUUUGUAUUAUUAUCUCGGUCUUGUUGUUUGUGCACUUUAAA